AUGGCCGUGACGGUGAGUCCGGACGUCUCACAUCAUAUGGCCGUGACGGUGAGUCCGGACGUCUCACAUCAUAUGGCCGUGACGGUGAGUCCGGACGUCUCACAUCAUAUGGCCGUGACGGUGAGUCCGGACGUCUCACAUCAUAUGGCCGUGACGGUGAGUCCGGACGUCUCACAUCAUACGGCCGUGACGGUGAGUCCGGACGUCUCACAUCAUAUGGCCGUGACGGUGAGUCCGGACGUCUCACAUCAUAUGGCCGUGACCGUGAGUCCGGACGUCUCACAUCAUAUGGCCGUGACGGUGAGUCCGGACGUCUCACAUCAUAUGGCCGUGACGGUGAGUCCGGACGUCUCACAUCAUAUGGCCGUGACGGUGAGUCCGGACGUCUCACAUCAUAUGGCCGUGACGGUGAGUCCGGACGUCUCACAUCAUAUGGCCGUGACGGUGAGUCCGGACGUCUCACGUCUCACAUCAUAUGGCCGUGACGGUGAGUCCGGACGUCUCACAUCAUAUGGCCGUGACGGUGAGUCCGGACGUCUCACAUCAUAUGGCCGUGACGGUGAGUCCGGACGUCUCACAUCAUAUGGCCGUGACGGUGAGUCCGGACGUCUCACAUCAUAUGGCCGUGACGGUGAGUCCGGACGUCUCACAUCAUAUGGCCGUGACGGUGAGUCCGGACGUCUCACAUCAUAUGGCCGUGACGGUGAGUCCGGACGUCUCACAUCAUAUGGCCGUGACGGUGAGUCCGGACGUCUCACAUCAUAUGGCCGUGACGGUGAGUCCGGACGUCUCACAUCAUAUGGCCGUGACGGUGAGUCCGGACGUCUCACAUCAUAUGGCCGUGACGGUGAGUCCGGACGUCUCACAUCAUAUGGCCGUGACGGUGAGUCCGGACGUCUCACAUCAUAUGGCCGUGACGGUGAGUCCGGACGUCUCACAUCAUAUGGCCGUGACGGUGAGUCCGGACGUCUCACAUCAUAUGGCCGUGACGGUGAGUCCGGACGUCUCACAUCAUAUGGCCGUGACGGUGAGUCCGGACGUCUCACAUCAUAUGGCCGUGACGGUGAGUCCGGACGUCUCACAUCAUAUGGCCGUGACGGUGAGUCCGGACGUCUCACAUCAUAUGGCCGUGACGGUGAGUCCGGACGUCUCACAUCAUAUGGCCGUGACGGUGAGUCCGGACGUCUCACAUCAUAUGGCUGUGACGGUGAGUCCGGACGUCUCACAUCAUAUGGCCGUGACGGUGAGUCCGGACGUCUCACAUCAUAUGGCCGUGACGGUGAGUCCGGACGUCUCACAUCAUAUGGCCGUGACGGCGAGCUUGAAAAUACUGAUCCCUUAGCCUCCGAUCUAGCUUGCGCGCGGCUGCGCGGAGAGUGCGGUGUUGCUCUCGCAGGCGGACAUCGUUUGGAGAGCGUGAAAGAAGUCGGUGGGCCUUGUUUCGUUGACGCACAGCAGAUACAAGUUCAGGACACAACCAUGGGCAAGGUCGGCGCCUCGGCUUACGAGGAGGUUAUCAAACCGCUGGAGCAUGGUGUGCAUCCGGCUGUGUCCCGAGCACAUGUCCACAUUGAAGUCACCAAUGGCGACCACGCGGUUGUUUCGUCGCAAGAUCGUGAAAAGAACGGGGGCCAGGACAGAGCCUUGAGAGAUUGCUGGCAUCACCACACCACCAACGCCCAACUGUUGGAGGUGUGGGGUGACACUGCUACCGUCUGCGUGAAGGUUGCACAGCGUCGGCUGGAGUGGCUGGGCCAUGUUCAGUGCCCGAAUGGACAGUAG